AUGGCUUUGGACUUAUUUUUCGUACCAAAUCAUCGCAACUAUUGUCGCCCUCAAAGUCGAUGGUCUCGUUUCAAAGAUGAGGAUCUGUUGGACAGUCUUCUGAUGCCAUCGUUUGUAUUGGAUAUUCCUCGAGAUAAUGGCAAAAGAGUUGCUGCAAAUGUGAAGAGCGAUCACAACAAGUUUAAAGUGAGUCUCGAUUGCAAUCAUUUCACUCCCGAAGAGAUUGAGGUGAAGACAGUGGACAGGGAUGUGAUAAUUCAUGGCAAACACGAAGAGAGAAUGGAUAAUCACGGAUGGGUUAGCCGUGAGUUCACCCGAAAGUAUACACUUCCAGAGGAAUGCGAAGCCGAAGACGUGAAGUCAUCGCUCGACUCGAAUGGAGUGCUGACUAUCGAAGCGCCCAAAAGACGUGUCGAACCAAUGAUUGACAACCAGAGAGUGGUUCCCAUUCAAGUCAUUCAUCAAACAUCCGCUGUUGAAGACAACAAAGACACUCAAAAUUAA